CCAAAAAUACAGCUAUGUCAACCAUGCUUUUGAAGACUUAACCUUAAAAUAUUUUUAAAUUUUGGCAAUUUUUUAAUUCGCUGAUAUAACAGUCGUGUUCAAGUGAUUAAAAAUGAAUAUCAUUAGUUCCAAGUGUAGAAUGUUUGUAAAAACUGCAAGGGACACAAUUUUUAAUUCGAAGUUCUCCACUGCAAGGAGUCUCAUUUUGGGCAUUGAGACCUCUUGUGAUGACACCGGUUGUGCUGUAGUUGAUACUGAAGGAAAUAUUCUAGGAGAGGCUCUUCACUCUCAACAUUUAAUACAUUUGGCUAAUGGCGGGAUAAUUCCUCCCAUAGCCCAAAACCUACAUCGCGAAAAUAUAGAAAGUGUUGUAAAUACGGCUGUGAAAAACUCAAAUUACAGUUUCAGGGAUUUAUCAGCAGUGGCUGUAACCGUAAAGCCAGGUUUGCCGUUAUCGUUAACAAUAGGGAUGAAAUAUGGUAAAUACUUAUGCCGCCUUUACAACAAGCCUUUUAUUCCGAUCCAUCACAUGGAAGCUCACGCUUUAACAGCCCGCAUGCAUGACAAGACAGUAGAGUUCCCAUUUUUGGUCCUUUUAAUAAGUGGGGGGCACUGUCUUUUAGCCGUAGCGCAAGACGUUGGCCGGUUUUUCUUGCUUGGUAGCACCCGAGACGAUGCUCCAGGCGAAGCGUUUGAUAAAGUCGCCAGAAGAAUGAAACUAACAAACUUAUCAGAAUUCUCUAAACUCUCAGGGGGGCAAGCAAUUGAAUUGGCCGCUUCGCGUGCAAAAAACCCGCUACAGUUUAAAUUCACAAUCCCACUUACUCAAUACAGAGACUGCAAGUUUAGUCUAGCCGGCCUAAAAACACAAGUUCGGAGACACUUACUAGAAGAGGAGAAAAAACAUAAUGUGCCCCCUGAUGGUUUAAUACCGGACGUUUUUAAUUUAUGUGCCGGCUUUCAGCUGGCUGUAACCCGACAUAUUUGCCAAAGGGUGCAAAGGGCGAUGGUUUAUGCCAGAAGGAAAGAAAUGAUUCCGGAAAAUAGCCAAACAUUGGUUGUUUCAGGGGGCGCCGCCUGUAAUAAUUUUAUUGCAAGGGGGCUACAACUUGUUUGCGAUGAAAUGGCUUAUAAGUUUGUGCGCCCUCCCCCGAAAUUGUGUCUUGAUAAUGGGGUCAUGAUUGCAUGGAAUGGUGUUGAGAGGUGGAGAGCGAAGUUAGGGGUUUUACAUGAUUAUGCUAGUGUGGAAAUUCAGAAAUCAUGUCCGCUGGGAACUAGUCUUAUUGAUGACGUGGUCAAGGAAAAUAUUAGUUGCAGGUGGACAAAGUUAACGCAAUUAAACUAUGCUCAAAAUAGUUAAACAGAAAAAUAAAGUUUAUUUUAGUUACACUAGA